UUUGUUUUUGUGGUUCGUCACUUCCGGAUGUAUGAUGGCUUGACAGCUGCGGCUAAAUUCAGGAAACCCUGCUCAAUCGGCGAUGGGAGCAGACAGCGGUCCAGGGGCACCUUCGGCCAUCCCUUGGAGGAAAGUGCUCUAUGAACGGCAGCCGUUCCCAGACAACUAUGUGGACCGGCGUUUCCUGGAGGAGCUGCGGCGCAACAUCCGCGUCCGCCAGUAUCGCUAUUGGGCCGUGGUUCGCGAGACGGGUCUCAUCGCCCAGCAGGUGUCCUGCGUAGCCCUCUUCCUCACACUGUGGUCCUACAUGGAGCAGGGCGAGCUGGCACCGUCCGCUGUGUUAUGGGUCUGCCUGGGCUGCGCUCUGUUUGGAUAUGGGCUCUAUGAGGUCCUGGGAGGAGCCGGCGAUGGCAAACGGACACGUCUUGCGGAUCUGCAGAGCGCUGCUGUGUUCCUGGCGUUUACUUUUGGGUUUUCGCCAGUUUUAAAGACUCUGACUGAGUCAGUCAGCACUGAUACUGUGUACGCCAUGUCGGCGGUUAUGCUCCUGGCUCAUCUGGUGUCGUUCCCAUACGCUCACCCCAGUCCACCAGGAAGUCUUUCCCUAAACGCGGCUCUGUUCGGGUCGGUGUGUCUAGCAUCUCGUCUGCCCGGAGCUCUGCACACCUUCACCAUGCUUACCUGCGCGCUGUUGGUGUUCGCUCUCUGGCCCUGCCUGCUGCAACGUGUGCGGGAGAAGGCGGACUGGAGCUUCCCCUGGGCAGCGCUUCUGGUGUGUUUGGCCGGAGUCGGGGGUUUGGGGAGCAUGUGGCCCGAGGGAGCUCUUCUUCUCUCAGUGGCUCUGUUAAUGUUGACUCUACUCUGUCCACUGCUGCUGGUUCAUCUGCAGAGGCACAAGGACAACAUUCACGGCCCCUGGGACGAGGCUGAGAUCAGAGAGGAUCUGUCCCGCUUCCUCAAUUAAAACAGGGCUGUGAUGAUUUUGAGAGUCUUUUAGUGACAGAUCGCUAAAAGUGAAUAUUAAGUCAGCGUUUAUUCAUUGUAUGACACUUUCUUUUCUUAAUGUGGAACUUAAAAGAAGAUAUUUUGAAAAAUGUUGAAGAAUAUAUUUUUUAAUUAUCUACUUGUGUAUUACGCUAAAGAAACUCAUACAGGUUGGGAACAACAUGAGGAAGAGUAAAUGAAGACAGAAGUUUUAUUUUUGGGGGAAACUGUAACCUUUUAAGCACAAUGUUUAUUGGGAAUUGCCAUUAAAAACUAAAUUAUUACAAGGGAGAAUCUCAUUAAAACAUGCUCAGGUCAUUUUUCUCUCUAAACUGGUUGGGAGCAAGCAAAAAAAUUACUUUAAUAACAAUUUCCCUUUUUUUAAAAAGGAAAAUUAAGACCAUUUUUAGGAUUAAACAUCCAAUUAGUCCUAAAAUGGAUUGAUCUUUUAGUUUUCUUCUUUAGUUGUAUUUAUGGUCUCAACAUGUUUUAUGAUAUCCCCCCAUAUAUGAAAGUGUGGAGUUUUUAUUAACAGUAUUUAUAUAAAUGUGUAAAUAUUUCUGAAUUUCUUACGUAAUGUUUAAAUGCUGUUUCUAAGAUGUUUUUAAAAAUGCUGUUAUUCUAACAGGCUCAAUGUAUUGGAAAUAAAUGUUUUUAACUAUGACAAAUACAU